AUGGACCUCACACCACCAUCUUUAACACGGUCACCGGCAUCUCCAGCUCAUACCUGUUGCCCAUCGGAGCGCUCUUCGUCAGACUACCCAUCUCCAGACCCGGCGGCUCAGCAGUACAAGAUCACCUCAUUGUACGCUGCCGGCCAACUGUGCUCUGCUGAUCUGGCUGCCGAUGCCGAUAUUUCUUUACCGCCUUUGGAUCUCCGAACGACAGCCGACUGGGCCCCGUUAAGCGCCAUGGCGCCAUCGUCCUCGUCCUUUUCCAUCCCGAACGUCUUGUCAGAGUACGACCAGUUUGCCGACUACGAACCUCCGAUGCCAGCAUCGUACGAAUCCGAAGCGUUCCAGCCGCAUUCCCAACCAUCCGGCCCAGGUCAUCACGGGCAUCCUCUUACAGACUCGCCCGAGCACUCGCCUGGACCCUUGUCCCCAAGGAGCCCCAUAUCCUAUGCGCAGGGUGGACAUGCGUCGAGGUCGCUGGCCCCACGGAUCAAGAUGGAAAACGUCGACUAUGGUUCCGGUAUUAACGCCUCUAACUACAUCUCUCCGAGGCCAAUGCACACGCCGUACAUGGCAGAUCCAGGCCCAUACGGCAGUUCGCAUCAUCAUUACUUGUCGGAUACCCAGUCCUCAGGCUGGCCCAAGGUGGAAUAUGGUGCCGAACAAUACUACCAGAACCCACCGGCAGGCGAACCAGCCUCCUUGAGCCAAGAGGCAAAGCGGGCAGAGAACAUGAAGCACAACCGCCCGAGGCGGGCGCCGCGGAAGAUGACAUCUUUUGCGGAUGCCCAGUACAAGUGUCAAUUCAAAGGGUGUGACAAGCUUUUCAGCCGCAGCUACAACUACAAGGCACAUCUGGAUACACAUGACGAGAAGCGGGAGUACCCUUUCCCCUGUCCUGUAGCCGACUGCAACAAGCGGUUUGUGCGAAAGACGGACCUUCAGAGACAUAACCAGAGCGUUCACAUGAAGGAGAAGAACCACAGGUGCGACUACUGUGGGCGACUCUUCGCUCGCAAGGACACACUUCGCAGACACAUGGAGGACGGAUGCUCCAAACGCUUCGAUGUCGGCACCUGCGACCUUCGCGUCGAUGCGUACGAUGGCAUGGGGCCAGUCAGCCGUAGCAUGGGAGCGCUGAUGCAUCAUCCCAUGGGACCAGGUUCCGGUCCUCUCCCGUCGAUUACCAUGUCUAUGUCAAUGAGCAGCGGCAGCGGCCUAUUGCACCCCGACUCUUCAGCAAGCAAAGGUAGGAGCACUAUGUCGGGCAUAAGCGACGGAGCACAUGGCGACAACUGGCAACGGUGA